AUGACAGACAUCGUCCGCGCUGGCUGGGCCACGAAGCGUGGCAACAUCAACAAGAAUUGGCGGCGAAGGUACUUUGUGCUGAAGAAGGACAGCACGCUCACAUACUACAAGACACAGGACUUUCUGCAGACCAAGCCGCGCGGCGUCAUCGAUAUCACAAAGGCCAUCGACUUUCACGAUCCCAACGCCUGCGACGCGCUCGUGCCCUGGCCAAAGACUGCAGCAGUGAACGCACGCUUUGAGAUCCAGCUGCCUGGUAGAACGUACCACAUCUUUUGCGACACACCCCAGGACUGCGACGAGUGGCUGUCCAAGAUGCGGCAGCUGACCGGCCGCGAGGACGAACACCCACACACCACAUCCACCACAGCCCAAGCAGCAAGCCGAAAGCCGUCGCGUAGCGAGCAGCAGCAGCAGAAGCUGCACAAGGAGCUGAAGGACCUUGUGUCGCUUGACGACAAUAAGUGCUGCUUCGACUGCGGUCGUGACGGCCCCACGUGGGCGUCGUGGAAUCUUGGCGUCUUCAUCUGCCUCGCCUGCGCCGGCCUCCACCGCAGCCUCGGGCCACGCAUCUCAAACGUGAAGAACAUUAACCUUGACACGUGGUCGCAAUCGCAGGUCGACAACCUCCGCAAGAUUGGAAACAAAAACGCCCGAGAAUUGUAUCUGUGCCGGGCGCCAGAGGACCUGCAACCGCCCAUGAACGACAUUGAACAGGCAGAGCAGUUCCUCAGAGACAAAUACGUCGACCGCAAGUAUGGAGAGGCGAUUGAGAGCGAAGACUCGUCCUCAGACUCCAGCGACGACAACAACGAUGAUGACGACGAGGACGAUCACGUGACCACGACGAUGAAUAUUGAAGCGAGCAACCUCAAUGCAACCACAGACCCCAUGGCCCAGCACAGAUGGACAGACUGA